UAAAGAUGGCAGGGCUAGGACUGACCAAUCAGCGCGCAGGAGCGACCGCCCGCCAGGAGUAUAUAAGCCUAGGACCCAGACCGAGAGCGGCAUCGUGCGGCUUCGGCUUCUGAGAAACAAGAGGUCCUUUAAGGUUUAGACGACAAACCAAUUAGCAAAAUGGCUUACUCCUGGGACAACCGUGUGAAAUAUGUAGUCAGGUACAUGUACGACAUUGACAACAAUGGCUUCCUCGACAAGAACGAUUUUGAGUGUCUCGCACUCAGGAACACCCUGAUCGAGGGCCGCGGUGAAUUCAACGAAGCCGCCUAUGCCAACAACCAGAAGAUCAUGUCCAACCUCUGGAACGAGAUUGCCGAACUUGCUGACUUCAACAAGGAUGGGGAAGUUUCCGGCGAGGAAUUCAAGCAGGCAGUUCAGGACGCCUGUGUUGGCAAGAAUUUCGAUGAAUUCCCCAAUGCUUUUAAGAUGUUCAUUGUAAACCAGUUUAAAACUGUUGAUGUGAACGGUGACGGCCUCGUUGGUGUUGAUGAGUACAGGCUGGACUGCAUUUCCAGGUCUGCCUUCGCUAACAUCAAGGAGAUCGACGAUGCCUACAACAAGCUCGCUACUGAUGAGGACAAGAAGGCUGGUGGCAUCAGCCUUGCCCGGUAUCAGGAACUGUAUGCUCAGUUCAUCUCCAACCCCGACGAGUCCGCCAACGCCGUCUACCUUUUCGGACCCCUGAAGGAGGUGCAGUAAGAACGCGUUCUAAGACUAUCAGACGCUACCCGCGCGCGAGGCCCGGCGUUGUGGGUGGACAUCCCGCGCAAGCGCAACCUGGGCCGGCCUUCGCGCCCGCCCUUCACACCCACCAGUGCCCAGUACCUCACCGCAUCAUUUUUUAUACUCAUCUCCCUCUGACGCCAAGCCGCAAUGACAGGCACCAACACCGCCUGCGGCAGCCGACCCAGUCGCUGGCGUCCCUAGCCGGGGUUCCUGGAGUGGGGAUCGCAAGUGCUGCCCCUAGCCAAAGCCUUCGGGUUACUGGCUAGACUAACAUCGGGCAUGGUCGACUGCUGAUGCGAUCAUCUCUAUAUUAUUGUCCAAAUAAACGUUGAAAUGUUUUG